AACUCCCUGGGGAAGAGGGCCCCUCAUGGGAGGGGGGGAGCUGUUGGUGGUCUCUCCCCUUAGGGCUGGUCUGCACCUCUCAACCUGCCUGAACAGCCUGAAGGUGGGGUCCGAGCCCCUGGGAGAGGGAUUCACACAGGAGGGCUAAAGUGCUGUGGAGUCCCAGCCCCAUCACUCACCCUCGCUUGGCAGAUCUUCAGUUCUGAUGUAAAUAACUGUCGAGCGUAGAAGUUGGGGACUGCCCUGGCUGUGCAGAGAACAUGACAGUACCCGAUGGGUUAAACUGUGACAGAGGAAACCAGACUUCUCCUUCUGGGGCGUGACUGCGACUACAUCUGAAAGAUCAAAAUUAAAAAAGAAGCUUCAUACUUGGAGAUGAUUAUGGAAGGAAAUUAUGCAACAAAGAGAGGGCUUAUUGGAACUGUUGUGUUACCUCCCAGCCCACUGCCUCCUUGUUUUCCAUAUCUUCCAGCCUCCCAACCAUGGCUGCUGGGACUAGAUUUGGAUGAAAUGGACACUUUCUGCUUCUCAGGAUUUUGCUCCACUGGAAAAAAGUUAUAAACAGCAGCAUCCAGAUACAGAAUUGAGUGAGAUUUCUGUAGAGCUCCUGAAAUGCCAUGGAAAGGAAAAAGAUAGUGAGAAGGAGAGACAACAAAUAAUUGGUGGAUGUAAUCAGACUUGUUCUGCAGUGACAUCUGCUUUCCCAUUGCCACCCAUGCUCUGCUCCCUAGAUCAGAGCUGCCCUGCACUUUUCAGUAGCUCCAACAUUUGGAUUGCAGGCUGUAGUAGGUUCUUCCUCUGCUGGCUUCUUUCAUUCACCCGCAGUCUUGGAAUGAAGCUGUUUCCUGAACAAUGGUCUGCCGAUGGUGUAAGGCAGAGUGACUUCCCGGAGCAGGAAAUGCCAGCAACUGUGAUGCCGGGGAGUCCGGUCCAGCUGAACAGUGUCACCCUGGAGUCUGAACACCCGCAGUCUGUGAGCCAGCCCCAACCUGCCUUCCAGAUCCAGCCUGUGACCCCGGACCCUGCCCCCAGCCAGUCCAGGGAGACAUGGGGUGGGAAGUAUGAGUUCCUGCUCUCCUGCAUCGGGUAUUGCGUGGGGCUGGGCAAUGUCUGGCGCUUCCCCUAUCUCUGCUACCGCAAUGGAGGAGGGGUCUUCCUGAUCCCCUACUUCAUCAUGCUGCUCUUCACCGGCCUGCCCCUGUUCCUACUGGAGCUCAGCCUUGGCCAGUACGGUGCUGCAGGGCCCAUCACUGUCUGGAAGUGCUGCCCUCUGCUGAAAGGGAUCGGCGUGGGCAUGCUGCUCGUCUCCUCGCUGGUGUCGCUCUAUUAUAACGUCAUCAUCGCCUGGACUUUCUACUACCUGGGCAUGUCUUUCCAGAGCCCCCUGCCCUGGUCUUGCGAUGCUCCGCAGAACGCCCCCCUCUGCCAGAACGCAUCAGGAAACGCCAGUCGGUUCAGUGCCAGCGAGGCCUUCUGGAACGAGCAGGUGCUGGGGGUCACGCACAGCUCUGGCCUCCACGACCCGGGCCCGGUGAGGUGGCCGCUCGCCAUAUGCUUGUUGGUCGCCUGGAUCGUCAUCUUCCUGUGCAUGUUAAAGGGAAUCCGCAGCUCGGGCAAGGUGUGGAACGAUGCUGCCUCACAGAUCUUCUACUCACUAGGCAUUGGCUUUGGGGGGCUACUCUCCAUGGCCUCCUACAACAAGUUCGACAACAACGUGAUCAGGGACACCCUGGUUAUUGCCAUCGGGAACUGCUGCACCAGCUUCUUCGCUGGAUUCGCCAUCUUCUCCAUCCUGGGCCAUAUGGCGUGGAGGAAGAGAGUGCCGGUGGGGCAGGUGGCCGAUUCAGGUCCUGGACUUGCCUUCGUGGCCUACCCAGAAGCCCUUGCUCUGCUGCCUGCCUCUGCCUUCUGGUCGGUCCUGUUCUUCCUGAUGAUGUUCACGCUGGGAGUAGACACCCUGUUCGGGAACAUGGAGGGCAUUACCACGGCCAUGCUGGACGAGUUCCCGGCCCUGCGCGGGUGGAGACGGAAAACCCUCUUCCUGGGCGCGCUGUGCUUCAUCUUCUACCUGCUGGGCCUGCUGCUCAUCACCGAGGGCGGCAUUUACUGGUUCACCCUCAUCGACGCCUACAGCACCAGCUUCGGCCUCAUCAUCAUCACCCUCUUCAUGUGCAUUGGCAUUGCCUUCUUCUACGGAGUGAACCAGUUCUGUCGGGACAUCGUUGACAUGAUCUGCCGGUGCCCGCCCUGGUGCAGCAAGCUGGUGCUCUACUUCAAGGCAUGCUGGGUAUUCAUCACACCAUGCCUGCUGCUGUUCAUCCUCAUCUACAUCUUCCUGGAGAUGUACAGCACGUCCCUGCACUACGGUGCCUACGUCUACCCGCGCUGGGGCAAGGCCCUGGGCGUGUGCAUGGGCACCGUGACCUGCAUCCAGAUCCCGCUCUGGGCGCUCGUGGCCAUCUGCAGGGAGUCGGGGACGCUGACGGAUCGGUUCCGGAAAGCCAUCCACCCUCUGAAUUCCUGGCGCACGGCGACCACCCACGCCGAGGUCAUCGACGUCCCCUACACCAUCAACCUGGUGGACAGCGACUUCGCCAGCCCGCCCCAGGGGAGCAGCAAGGCCUGAGGGGCCGGGGCUGGGCAGCAGAACAGGGGCUCCAGGCAGGUCACUGCCCUCGCCGCUCCAGACAGCUGCUUUUGGCUCCAUUGUGGCAGCCUCCCAGGCGGAGGCCGCGGGCCGGUGCUCCUGGAUCCUGUUGGAGGCUGCAGCUGGUCCCUUAUCUGCAGGAGACGAUGCUGGGCUGGAAUCUGCUGCUCUCUAGCCGCAGCGGUGCCAGCAGGGGGGUGCCAGGACUCUGCUCAGGGCUGUGGCCUGCCAGCUGCUGGGCACUUUGCAAGAGGGGCCUGGCCUCUGAACCUUCUUAAAACCACAGGGAAAGGAUUGUACUUGAGAAUCAAUUGCACGUGCCCCCGGCGCAGCUGGGCACAAGGCUGGGUGGGUGCGCAGGUGCCCCCCGGCCAUGGACAGAGGUGCGCAGAUGGGGCUGCUCUGAGGUGCGGAAGUGCGCAGAUAGCGGCGUGCCCUGGGGCACAGACAGAGAAGUGUGUGGACAGGGCGGCGCCCCGGGGCGUGGACAGAGAGGUGCACACACAGAGAGGUGCCCUGGGGCGUGGACAGAGCUGUGUGCUCCUUGCCCAGCUGCACCCUCGGCGGGAAGUGAUUCCCCAGCACUGAAGCAAGGCUGGGCUGCUGCUGUCCCAGCACUAGCGUCUGUGCCGGGGGCUGGCCGGGCUCCUGGGGGCUGUGCCUGGGGAGGAGAGUUGUGGUGGGGGCAUCUCUGGCUCUGCGCCUGCCAAUCCCACGAGGUCUAGUCCCUGGGUUCCCCUCCUCUGUCUUGGGCACUCAGGCCAACUGCUCCAUUAGCUAACCCAGCCAUGGCUCGAAUCAGCUCCUGGCAGGGUCUCAGCCAGGUGGUGGCCAGCAGGGUCACAGCCCAAGGCUGCCCCAGGGGUGAGGACUUGGGGCUAGCAGGUUGGUGGCAGCACAAGGUUCAUGGUGCACAGCUGGGAAGCACCUUGCCCUCACCUGCUCCACAGGAACUGCCCACAUGUGGGGGGCAGCUGCUGUGGGCAGGGCUGGCAGAGGUGAGGAUUUGUCCUGGCAGCGAGAUGCAGGGGGAGGGGGUCUCUCCCCAGGCCGGCCCUGCCAGGGAGCUGGGUUUUGGGGGCCCCGGGUCUCCAGCCGCUGGGAUUUCUCUGCUGCAGAAAUAAAG